GCGAAAAUAUUAUCGUCUUCUUGUAAUUCUCUGACUGUCGCCAAUGGCAUUGGCAGCAUCAGCAGCUCUCUCCUUACUCUCUCCCAAGCGCUCUCCUUGUUUAAUAAAACUUCACAUUUCCAUUUCUACCCCUUGUCUUUCUCUCCAUUCCCCCUUCUGUCAUAUUCCUCAUCUAAACCUCUCCAAAAUCCCAAACAGAUUCCUCCGUUUCCAGCAAUUCUCUGCAACGCAGGAAAUCGCGGUGGAAGAGAAGCCUCUAGAGGAAAUUCAAGAUGACAAAAGGCGGAAGCUCUAUGUCUUCAACAUACCUUGGAAUUUCCCUGCACCCGACAUCAGAAAUCUCUUCUCUGCAUGCGGAACCGUCAAAGAUAUCGAGAUCAUAAAGCUGAAGGAUGGUAGAAACAGAGGCUUCGCUUUCAUCACAAUGGCUUCCGGAGAAGAAGCCCGUGCUGCUGUUGAGAAAUUCAAUUCAUUUGAAUUGCAGGGAAGGAUUAUACGGGUUGAAUUUGCAAAGAGUAUGAAGAAACCUUCUCCUCCACCUCCCGAGGGUUCCACUGGUGGGGAAACACGGCAUAAGAUUUACAUCUCCAAUCUCGCAUGGAAAGCGAGGUCAAGCAAUCUCAGAGAAUUCUUUGCUGCCAGCUGUAACCCAGUGUCUGCCAGGGUGGUUUUUGAAAGUCCAUCUGGGAGGUCCGCAGGGUAUGGGUUUGUCUCUUUCGCCACAAAGGAGGAAGCGGAAGCUGCUAUUUCUACAUUGGAUGGGAGGGAAUUGAUGGGAAGACCCAUUCGUCUGAAGAUGAGUGAAAAGAAUGUUGAUGAAUCUGGAAGCGAAUCAAAUGAGGAAGACAGUAGCGAAGGACAGAUAGAAGAGUCUUCAGUUUGAGAGUACAGAUGGCCAUUAUGAUUACCAGGUUUCUUGAGUGAGAGGGAGAAUGUUGCACACAUGGACCAUUCAACCACAUCCAAUAUGCACUUUUAUCUCCAGGGAGAGUGAAUGGAAGGAGGAAAUUCUCCAGGUUCUGUAUAUUGUUUAUAUUUAUUGCCAUCUUUUUUUCUUCUUCUUCUUUUUUUUCAAGCAUAUUCAGUUUUCCCCAACCAGUACCUUAGCAUUCAAGUUCCCAUCUUUGCUUAUUUUCGUUUAUUUAUAGAAAUCAAUUGAGGGAAAUUCUGUGCAA